UUCUUCUGUUGUCUCGUGAAAUAUUUUGUCAAUGAAUAACUGUUCUAGUAUUGUAUUAAUUUUUUUUUCAUUAAAAUUCCUUUUUGGGUUUGUUGGUGCUGUUUUGCACUAGGGAGCACCUGCUGUAAACUUCACUCUUUGAGUUUCUCUUUGUUUAAAGAUUCAUGUAAGCUUGUAUGUCCCUCUUUAGGGAUUAAAUUCCAGUGCUGUUACAGGUGCCAGCUGUUUCUGUGACCCUUAGAGCUGUGAUUUAAAGGGCUUUGCAGAAUAAGGUGAGAAAGGGGAAAAAAACUUCCAGUCUCUUGGUAGAAGAGAUGUGAUGAAUGUUUCAGCACAGAUAUAUGUGGCUAUGGUUAGACCAAAUAUAAACCAAAAUACAGAACACAGUUCUCAUGCUGUUCUUAAUACUAACUAUAUUAUUUGUGCAUUUUUGACAUGGUGGUUUUCUUGGAGCCACAUAAUCUUUUGAGAAUUCAGAGCCACAGGGAAUAAAAGACCUGUUAUUGACUGAAGCACAACCAAGAUUUUGCCCAUGUUUUUUUCCUUUUAAAUCUGUCAGGGCCUCAGCUUUGAUUAACUCACAAACCCAGUUGGUCUAUUGAACUGGGUCAGUUGUUGGUCCAGACUAGCAGCCUGUGUCUUCCUGCUUCCAUGUGUGUGGCUGUAACUCGGAGCUCCAAGCCAGGGAAAGCUGGCACUGCUGUGGGAGGAACAGCCCUGCUGUCCCCCAGCCUACCUGUGCUUGUUCCCAUCUUACAGCAACAGAAUGACAUGGAGCAUGUGGUCACAAAAAUUUCUGGCUGAUGAUUUUACUGGAGAACAGAAAAAAUAACCACGCUCGUUCCCCUAAAAUGAGAAUAUUUAUCAAAACUGUUGUGAUCUGGGAGGAAAAAUUGUCUUAGUUAUGAAUUACUUGUAAUUUCUUUGAUUUAAAGAGAAACUUCUUUUGUUCUCAGCUGUAAGGGGCUAAGCCUCAAAGUUACAAUGAGAUGAUGCCAGGAACUGGCAUGCUGAUGGAGACAGGAGAAUGAAAGGACACAUUCAACUGAGCAGAGACUGGGAAUUUGAAUGGACCAGGAACAGGUGUCAGAUGUGGUGUAUGAGUGUGGCAGAAGCUGCUAAAUCAAGGGAUCCAGCUUUGGGGAAGGGAUGCCUGAGAGAUGAGAGAAAUUACACAAAGAGCAUUGAAGACGAGGCCCAGAUUAUUAUUGCCCAGGAAAAAAAGAAAAGGAGUAAGUAGAUGAAAGAAUUUAGUAGAGCUGUUGACAUAAAGAGAUGGGAUAGGAAGAUAAUCAUGGCAAGCUAUGUUUUUAUAGAGAUGUAUGGGAUGAUCAGAGUGUUACAGAAGUUGGGACAGCUUAGAAACUGUGUAGAGAGCAGUUUGGGGAACAGAGCAUAGGGCAAAAGGCUGGGAAGACCAAAAGCUGCCCUUUUGGUGCCUCUCCAAGAGGGAGCUGCAGAAUGGAGGAGGAGCUUCGCCGAGCUGAGAAGGAGACAGAUGCAAGCGCUGGGCCACCUGAGCCUGGGAAAAGUAAAAAGGGGUCUCUAAUCCCUGAAUCUAGAAGUUAAUCCAGAGGACCUGUUCUAUUAAAAAACCUUCCAAUAUGAAAGAAUAACAGUUUUACAAAGAGAUUCACUGUGAGCAACUCAAAAGGAAGAAUAAGGAUACAGAGGAUCGUCUGGAGUUGUGCCUCCAUCAGUGUGUUGAGAUGGAAAGGUGUGAAAGUAAAGAGCUGGAUGUUGAAAUAAGGAACCUGAUAGGGAAGAGUAACACUUCCCAGUCGUGUGAGGACCCCAAACCUAUUGCACAAGAGACUCCAAACCCUCAGAGAACUUCGUGUUCCCUUAAGGUCCACAGUGAGACAGCCACUCAAGGCCAUCUUGGAUGCACGUGGGCAGAUGGGAGUGACAUGGAAGCCCCAGCAGACCCACUGGAAUCAAGGCACACAUUACUGACCAAAAAGAAGACUUCAUCACCCAGUUCUCUGGAACAACAUAUCCUCUCACUGGAAAGACAGAGACGAGAGCUUCUGGAGGUGAACAAGCAAUGGGAUCAUCAAUUUAGAAACAUGAAACAGCUCUAUGAAAAGCAGCUGGCAGAGAUGAAAGCAAGGCUGGACGCAUCGGAGAGGAGAGUGAGCGAGCUGGAGCAGGAGAGACAUCGGCAGCAGCCAGGGGAUGAGAGGUUGGGAGUGCUGGGCAGAGAGAAGCUGUGGCAGGAAAAGAAAGAAACAAAAGUCCUCAGUGAAGCCCUCCACGACAUGAGGGAGGAGAACAAGCUGCUGAAGCAGAAGAAUGCCUCCAUGGCUAGAAAGAAAGAGCACUAUGAGGGGGAAAUAAGCCGUCUCAAUAAGGCCCUUCUGGAUGUGUUGAAAAAGCAGCACUCGCCUGUCCUUGGGACUCCCCUGGGGAAGGGUGACAGGAACAGCAUUGAGGAGAUGAGAACCCAGCUUGAAGUGCUGAGACAGCAGGUACAAAUAUAUGAGGAAGACUUCAGAAAGGAGAGGUCUGACCGAGAAAGACUCAACGAGGAGAAAGAAGCACUGCAGAAAGCUAACGAGAGAUUGCAGUCUCAACUGAAUAAACUCAGCGCUCAGACGAAAGACCUUCCAGUACAGCCUGAGAGGCCCAGUUACCCACCUCCACUCUUCCUCUCACCCUGUGUGAAUUAUGGGAGGUGUGGGAUGGUUCUUCACUAUGCAGAUCCUCGAGUACAACCAGGGCCUUGCAGGGCACAUGAGCAGCAGCAGCACUUGCCAGACUAUCAGUGGUAUGUUCCUGACCAGCUUCCGCCAGAUGUGCAGCACAAGGCAGAUGAUUCAUCCCCGGAGAAGGGAGCCCAGCGCUGACAGCCCGAGACCCGGAGAAGUGUAAACCAGAGGCUGCAAGCAAGUCUUGCAACUUCAUUAUUCUGUUUUCUUCUGGGGUUUUUUUGCCCUCAGCUCCUUAUCUCUUCAGUGCAUGUGAUUUAUGUGUGGUGAAAUCCCUUCGAGGACAAUAGAAAAGCAGAUCAUCCAGGCUGGUGAUCCUCAGGAUCCAGUUAAACUCUGCUGGGAAGCGUUACUGCCCUUUGUUCUGAAGAUGCUGUUUGUGCUGCCUAUGAGAAUCUGUUAAAGAGCCUUACGAGAAAAGAUGCAGCCCUUGCUGGGGAUUCAGACUGUCCCAUCUGUUUUGAAUCCAAGAGCUUAUAAACCCAAUAGUGUUGUGAUUUUUGUUGUUGUUCUUUGAGAAUUAUAGAGAGGGCUUACUUGAUUCCAGGGAAUGAUUUGUUGGUAUAUCACCUCGAACUCUUUUUCAUCUUUUUCUUGGUUGGUAGAAAGGAAAUCUGCUUCACUGUUUGAACACAUUUGGGUAACUGUAAACAGGGUACCAGUGAUGCCAGGCUGAGUAAAAGGUGCCCCUUUCUGAGUCCAGGUCAGCUCUCAUUUUGUUUUGGCUCUAGAAUUACAUGGAGAAAAGUAACCACAGGUUUUUUUCUGUGUGCACUUAUUCGUAUCAGAAGAAUUUUGGUAGAAAUAUUUAAUGGGUUUAAUUUCUCAGUGAAUAUGGCUUUAUAUUUCCAAAUGAUUCUUGUAAUGAGUCUGAACAUCAUCGUGUACCCUCUAACCCAAGAAUAAAACGUGGCUUUUUAAGUGAAA